CUCACUUCCGUCCUUCCCCUCAUUCUUGUGUUUAAUUAAAAGUGCACCUCAACGGUCACGAUGCUCAAGAGCGGUGAUAAUCCAGCUCUAGACAAUGACUGGAAAGCUUCAUUAAAGUUGCCGGAUAAAGACCUCCGCAUAAAGACCGCAGAUGUAACUGCUGUCAAAGGAACAAGCUUCGAGGAUUUUUGCUUGAAACGUGAUUUGCUCAAAGGCAUAUAUGAGAAGGGCUGGGAAUGUCCCUCUCCCAUCCAAGAAUCCAGUAUUCCCGUGGCUCUGACUCGUCGCGAUAUUAUGGCUCGAGCGAAAAAUGGCACUGGCAAAACUGGAGCGUAUUCGGUGCCGCUUUUGGAUUCUAUUGAUCCGAAUCUCAACAAAAUUCAGGGAAUGAUUCUUGUACCUACUCGCGAACUCGCCAGGUAA